AUCGAAAUCAGCUGUUAGCCGCUGUGCUAGCAUUCCCCAGCUGCUGCUGCUGCUGACUGACUGACUGACCAGCAGCUCUCAUCCGAUGCUCACCUGCAAACACCUGGAGUUCAAUUUCUAACAGUCUAAUGUGCUAAAAGAGAAGGAAAGAGAGAAACCCCGAGAAGAAAAAUGGAUUUGUUCAGGCUGCUGAAUGUAAACGAGCUGGCUGUAGCUCUGUCCAGGAUGAACAUGUUUCCGUAUUUCGAAGUUGCACAUUAUAUCGUGUCAGUGAUGUCUUUACGGGAACAACCAGGAGCGUUGGAAGUGUCCCGGCGCAGUCCGUUAGCCUGUUGGUUCAGUGCAAUGCUGCACUGUUUUGGAGGAGCUGUUCUCUCUGGGGUCAUCAUGGCUGAAGCACCGGUUGAACCGCUGGCCAACAGCACCAACAUCCUGCUCGCCUCAUUAAUGUGGUACGUGGUGUUUUAUUGUCCUCAGGAUAUGGUAUACUCCUGCGCCACCAUUCUGCCCAUCCGAUUAGUCCUCACAGCUAUGAAGGAAGUGACACGUACAUGGAAGGUUUUGGGCGGAGUUACACAGGCAAGCAAGAAGUAUAAAGACAGCCUGUUUGUUAUGAUCGCUGUGGGCUGGACCAAAGGUGCAGGUGGAGGCUUGAUGAGUAAUUUUGAGCAGCUAGUUCGAGGUAUUUGGAAACCUGAAACCAACGAGCUGUUGAAGAUGACAUACCCCACAAAGGUGACUCUGAUUGGCUCAGUACUGUUCUCUCUGCAGCAGUGUCAGUACCUCCCCAUGAACAGGCCGCAGCUGAUGCUUCUUUACACCACCUUCAUUGUCAUCAACAAGACAAGGAUGAUGCUACUGGGUUCCUCUUUCUCUCUGCUCAUUUGGAUUGAAUCUACACUGUAUGAGGUGCUGUUUGCACGACCUUUGACCUGCUCUCCUCUGACCAAUCAGACCCACUCCCACAUCACUUCUUCUUGCUCCAGCUCAGAGGCCAAAAGCACUUCGUGUGUCAAAAAUGGCUCACCACUUCCACAAGAAGAAUGUAAGGUCUCCGAGAAGGACAAGAAAAAAACUGAAUAAAUCUUUAGCUUCUUUUUUUUUUUUUUCUCUCCGCACAACUGUGAUCUUUUCUAUCAAAUACUUCCACUUUUGCAUGUGGGUAAAAAUGGAGAAAAUGAAUUUAUUCCUUCAUGUAGCAGUAGAAUUAUUUUUAUUUCAAGGUUUUGCUCGAACUUUCAUAUCACAUUACUUCUGAAUAUAUUAGACAAAAAAAAUUUAUGAAUUAUUUCCAGAACUUUUAUCUGUAUAUUUGCUGUUGAACUGUAAAUAUUUCUAGUAUAAUUUUAUAAACCAAAUAUAUUUUCACAAUUAUAUUUGAUAUGUAUAUUGUAUGAUUAUGCAGAUGUGAAAUGCUCUGUCUGCUCAACUGCAUUCCUGAGUUAAUUUAACUGAAAAUAUACUGCAAAUUUUAUUACAA